GUCCUUGUUGUUGUUUACAUUUGUUUAAAAUUUAUUAAUGUUUAUUUAAUUAAUAACUUAACCAAACAUGGUUAAUUAUUGUUGCAUUCCCAAUUGUAACCGCAAUAGCAGAAGUCAUAAACAUCUAAAUUUUUACAGUUUGCCAAAACAAAAACACCGCCAGAAGCUGUGGCUCAAACGUGCCUGCAGAGAUGAUCUCCUCGACAAGGAUAUGGAUAAGCUGAGGAAAACCCUUAGGUUCUGUUCCCGACACUUCGCUCCUAAUACUAUUGUGAAUAGACAUUUAUCUCUGGAUGCUCUGCCUACUGUCAGCUUGCCAGGGGCUAGUGAUGAAAAUGAACCAGACAUAGUUCCAGAGAGUCAUGAAGGUAUUAUAUGUGACAGUUGCGACAAGCACGUAUAUGGGUUCCGCUACAAGUGUGUCACCUGUGAUAACUUUGACUUGUGCCAAAAGUGUGAAAUGCUUGAGAGACACCCACAACACUAUAUGUUGAGAAUACCUAAGUCAAUUAAAUUUGGUCUAGCUGACGACCUAAUUAAGAAAUGGCGUAACUUAUUUCUAAAAGAACACAUACAGCCCGAUUGUGAAUCCUCCAGCGACGAUGAACCAGUUAAAAAAUACAUCACACUCAAUGACAGUGGAAUUGACUUAACUGAAGACGUCAAAAAUGAUAUAAGAAGUGAAAUAUCGAGAGCCAUAAGAGAAGCAAAUGAGAAAAUAGCAAAUACUCCUCCCGUACAAGUAGUUAGAGAAAAAGUUACAAAACAAAAGACACCAAUCAGAAGGAAAGUUGACGUCCCAAUAGACAACGAGACAAUUAAAGUUGACCAAGAAAUUGUUGUAGAUGAAGCAGAAAUUGGAUCAGCUCCUGAAUUAGUGUUUGCUGAUGCUCUGAAAUUCGACCAGGCUGAUGUAAAGCCAACUGUGGCAGAUUCUUGUGAAGUUGCCGUGCCUAACUCUCCUUAUAUCGCAGUGGAGACCCAGCCAUUACUAUAUGUCACGUUAAGCAAUGACUUAUCACAGUUUAUGAUAGAGCUUGCACCUGAUAGUAAUGCUACUGAAAGCAAUACAAUAAAAUGAAUUUAUCUUUGUUACAUUUCAUGGGAAUGUGGUAGAUGACGACUCAUUAUCAGCCUCUUUUUGAAGUAAAACUUCUUAACCGACUUCAAAAAAAGGAGGUUUCUUAAUUCGACUGUAUAGAUAUUUUUUAUGCAUGCUUGGGAGUAAGCUGGUGAGUGCGUUACGAAAACUGUAAUCGGGAAGGCUUUUAAAAUGCGUGCUGCCAUCUACAGGCAUAGUGUAACAGUGUUUAUUAUUUAAACCACCAAUAGAUGGCGUUCUUAAAAAACUUUGAAACAAUCCUGUUUUGUACACUUCAAGAACCUAUUGCGAUGCAGUUAUGCCUUAGACUCAUAGAUGGCUUUUGUGUAAAUUAGCUUACAGACAUUGAGAAGGAGAGCAAAUUCUAAAGAAGUUUUACUUCUGUGGUUUACAGCACACUUGGUUUUUUUUUUGGCGUGAAUACGUUUUUAAAGCUUCCAUAGCGAGUGUCAAUCCAAAAAAUGGGGGAUACAGUUUGGUGUUGCAGCUAUAGUCAGAUCGGGUAGGUAUUUUAACAACAAUGUAAAUAAACAAAAACAUAUGAUUCAGGGGUACUCAACAUUUUACUAAAGCAUUAUUCACGAAUAUUGUCAUGAAAUAAAACUUCCUUUGAUAGACAAUUUUUUUUAUAUUUUAUGUUCCUAUAAACUGUUAUUUAUCGAACAGAUAAUGUUUCACUUAUAUUUAGGGUUCCGUGGUCAAUAAAGAACCCUUAUAGUUUUGUUUUUUUAUUAUGUAUAAGCAAGCACCGCUUAGCUGUACGCUAGAUUGUAAGCUAUGAGGCAGCCUUUGGUAGAACGCGCUUGCCUAGAAGAUGCCUAUUCACUCUUGACUUGAAGAUACCCAUACCCAUGUCCGUCUGUCCUUCUAUCUGUAACUCAAUUACUAAUAGAAAACUGUAGCUUGACUAUAAAAAUUAUGUACGCGAUUAUAGGCGUAAAUUAAAAACUUGACAAGUAGUUUUUACUCGUUUUCUCGUAGUGUGGGUUAUUGUUAGAUAUACGUUUUUAUGUAGAAUUUGAUGAGUUUGUUAAGACACUACUUUUCAAUUUAGGCCUCUAUUUGUAAUAUAUUAAGAUUUAAAGUGCUAAUUUAAUUUCGUACUAAACUAAAUAAAAUUAAAAACAGUAAACGAACAACAAAUAACAAUAAUAAACAAUAACAACGAAACGAGAACAAAACGAAAUAACAAAAAUUAUAAGGGAAGAAAAUACGCACAACAAACUGGAUUUAGUUAACGAAUACUGUGAAGUAGGAGUAUUAGUCACAGACAAAAAAUAAAGUAAUGUUCUGUGCUGUGAAGUGUGAACUGUCAAAUCUCAAAUCUUCUUUCACUUAAUACAAAAUCAAAAAAUUAAUCAUAGUUUAAGGUAAUUCUGCAAUAAAUGAAAUAUUUUAUUCACAUUAUAAUAAAAGAAAACAUCAUUUGAAUUACAACUUCUUUCUUCUUUUGAUAUGAUAAUACGAUAAUACGAUUUAUAAAAUUAAUUAAAGCUCUUAUUUAAUUUUAUAAAUGCAUAUUAAUACCCAUAAAACUCAAUCUUUGUUUUUCAAAAUGGUUUGUGACUCAUGUCUGCUUGGGGUAUUUAAGGUUCUUUUUAUGUCGUUUGUGUUGUAUUUCUGCAAACUCUAUUUAAUUAACAUAGAGGAAUUAAACAUGGAAAUGCAUCGCACCCAAAUGCAGCAGCAAAAUUGUCUGUCGUUUUUAGAGGGGGACGAGGUAAACUCACACAUCGAAAAAAUUUAAAAAGAAUAAAUAAUAAUUAUAAUCUGUACACAGAAUAUUCAAUUAAUGGAUCAAUGUUUUGCUGUUCGUUCGUUAGUUAGAAGAAUAGAAUCGAUUUUUCUUUUAUCUAUUGUUUUAAUUUAUUAUUAAUUAUAAUUAUGUUUUUGACGACCUCCGUGGCGCAGUGGUAUGCGCGGUGGAUUUACAAGACAGAGGUCCUGGGUUGGAUUCCCGGCUGGGCCGAUUGAGGUUUUCUUAAUUGGUUCAGGUCUGGCUGGUAGAAGGCUUCGACCGCGAAGGCGUACCGACAAGCGAUUUAGCGUUCCGGUACGAUGUCGUGUAGAAACUGAAAGGGGUGUGGAUUUUCAUCCUCCUCCUAACAAGUUAGCCCGCUUCGAUCUUAGAUUGCAUCAUCAGUUACUGACUGAACAUCAGUUACUGAGUGAGACUGAAAUCAAGGGCUACCAUGUAAAGAAUAACAAAAAUAAAAUAGAAAUAUUUUCAAAUUAAACGUCACGUCAUCUUUUAGUGAAUUAGAAGUUGUUGACCGUUUUUCAUGCCAUUGACUGACUGACUACUUACUACACAAACCGGAAUUAUUAGGGAGCUUUUUAGACGACGGAAACGAUUACAACAAUGAAACAUCGAUACAAUCGAUAACGCGUUAGAUCGUUGGUUGUUUGACAGAGAGGUAACGUCUUGCGGGGCAGGUCUUUCUAUAAUUGGUCCGUGAUAAUUAAUUUGUUGUAUGUGAAUCCGGACUCAAAAGGGGUAGAACCCAGAGCCGUAAAGCUUAUUAUUAAAAAUAAAAUGUAUGUGAAUCGAAACGAAAAGUGUCGCUUAAAAGAACCUUUUUGAGUAGUAUUAUUGUUGUGUAAAAAACCUAAAGUUGUGGACUAUACAUAACUAUAGUUUGGCUAAUGAAAGUAUAGACUGAAAUGAACCGGCAAAUUAAAAAAAAAUGAAGGGCGUUCCCUAAACAAUAGUGCAAAUAUUUUAGUAACUCAAGUUUGAUAUUUGCAAGUUUUUUUCAGUUAGUAAUGUUUUGACACAUAUACGUUUUUUAUUAAAGAUUAGUCGAUAUUUUUUUAAAUUUGCCAAGCGAUUUCAGUCUCUACUUUCAUUAGACAAACUAUCACCCAUAAAUACCAUAGAUAAAAAACUAUCAGCUCUAUCCAAAAAUUAACUAAACAUUGCAUAGUUGAAAGAUCAAAGAAUUCGCCACAUUAUGGGUAGACUUUUGAAAAGUUUCUUGCAGUGAAGUGGAAUCGCUGCCAAUUUGAGGUCAUUUUGAUGCGUUUCGAGAUUUGCAUUUAAUAUAACUUGACUCAAAGAACCUACGACGCUCGUUUAGAUUUCAAUUGUUAGCUCUUGUUAAAAUCUUUGUUUUCAUGUAUCUAUAAAAUAUUUGAUAUAAUAUUGU